CCAUUUUAACAUGAAACAGUAGACGGACAAGUGUUACCAAUCACAUUAAAUUAAGCUCAGUUCCUGAUAAGAACAGAAGCCAAGGUCACCGGCAACACCCGUGUUUACUGCUACUCAUCUUAAGGUGUCUCAUUACACGAUAAGGUUUGAACUCUUAAAAAUAAGGAAGAAACUCUAUUCCACUAAGUUGGGCGAGAAUGGCUUACAACAGGGACGCCAAUGAGAGCACCCCUCUUUUGGACUCAGACACUGAGAGCAGACCUUCACCACCGUCAGUCUUCGAAGGAAGAAGAUUGGCAUGUGCGGCCAUCCUGCUGGCCGAGUCAUUAGAGAGGAUUGCUUUCUAUGGCAUAACGUCCAACCUGGUUCUUUUUCUCAAUGGUAGUCCUUUUUAUUGGGAGGGCACUCAGGCGAGCCAGGCACCACUCAUGUUCAUGGGAGUAACUUACCUGAUUUCACCAUUUGGAGGCUGGUUGGCUGAUGCAUACCUCGGAAAAUUCUUGACCAUUGCCGCAAGUUUGGUUCUGUACAUUUUUGGCAUGCUGUUUUUCCCUUUUAUUUCAAACGAGGGCACCAGGAUACACCUGUGCGGGGAAGAAAUGGCAUUUCCUGUGCAGCCUGCUGAGUGUCUGAACACAAACGUUACCACUCCAAAAAACGUUACCUGCCCCAUUCGUGCCCCAUAUUGUGGCCCAGCAGUCUAUGGUGGACUUUUCUUAAUUGCCUUAGGUGUGGGUACUGUGAAGUCUAACAUCACUCCAUUUGGGGCAGAUCAGGUCAAAGACAGAGGACCAGAGGCCACACGCAGAUUUUUCAACUGGUUCUACUGGUCUAUUAACUUGGGUGCCAUCCUGUCACUGGGAGGUGUGGCCUACAUCCAGCAAAACGUUAGCUUUGAGGUUGGCUACAUCCUUCCUACUGUGUGCCUUGGUAUCUCUUUCCUGGUCUUUCUCCUGGGACGUAUGGUUUUCAUCACCAAGCCCGCCGAUGGAAGUGCCUUUACUGACAUGUUCAAGAUCCUGGCUUUUGCCUGCUGUUCACAGAAACCAGUGGAGCCAAACCUGCUCCGCAAACCGGCACUACUGGACAGUGCCAAAGUGACUUAUGGAGGAAAAUUUCCUGAAGAGAAAGUAGAGGAAGUCAAAGCACUGGUGAAGGUCCUUCCAGUUUUCUUUGCUCUUAUUCCGUACUGGACUGUAUACUUUCAGAUGCAGACAACGUACGUCCUGCAGAGCCUCCAUCUGAAGAUUCCUGAUACGACCCCAAACAGCACUUCUGACUUCUCUAAGUUGACGUUCCGCUUCCCGCCUGCCUGGCUCACCAUGUUUGACGCAGUGCUCAUUAUCAUGCUGAUUCCCCUGAAGGACAAAGUGGUGGACCCAAUCCUGAAACGGCGCGGCCUGCUGCCCUCCUCCCUGAAAAGGAUCGCAGUAGGGAUGUUCUUUGUCAUGUGCUCGGCCGUGGCAGCGGGUAUUUUGGAGACAAAGCGCUUGGAGAUCGUCAAAUCCAAUGGUACCAUUGACCAGAUGCUUGGGAGCGUCAUCUACCACGCGGCAGAUUUGGCCAUAUGGUGGCAGAUCCCUCAGUAUGUGCUGAUUGGAAUCAGCGAAAUAUUUGCCAGCAUUGCAGGCCUGGAGUUUGCCUAUUCUGCAGCCCCCAAGUCCAUGCAGAGUGCCAUCAUGGGGCUCUUCUUUUUCUUCUCUGGGAUUGGAUCCUUUGUGGGCUCCGGAUUGCUGGCUAUUGUCUCCCUCAAGUCAAUUGGCUGGAUGUCAUCCCAUAGAGACUUUGGUAAUAUCAAUGACUGCUCUCUGCAUUACUACUUCUUCCUCUUGGCGGGGAUCCAGGGCGUCACAUUGCUGGUCUUCCUUAUUAUCUCGGUCAAGUACGACAAGCAGAAAGCCAAAGCAGGGCUUCAGCAGCAGAGACGCUCUUCCUCUUGACCCCACACGACUGCACAUUCAUAAACUUGCAGCCCACUACCGUCACCCCCUCGUCAGAUCGCUCAGUGCUCUAAGAACCCCUUACUAAUUAUAAUACGGCAGUUUGAGUGACCCAUUUCAGAAGAAGUUGUAACUGUCAUAUCUACACACUUAUGCAAGAUUUAGUUUUAAAGUGCUUUGGAUAUCCAGUAAUUUCCAGAUUUACUGGUAAUGGGUUUGAAAUCACCGGGUGACUGCAGCGAUACCACUUACAGUACAGAGAUGAACCAUUCAUACUGUACUUGCUUACUUCUGUGUGCGUGUCUGCUCCUGUUGCCUUUCUUUGAUCAUUUGCACUUAGAAAACGGUGCCAUAAAAUGUGAUCCCUUUGAAUGUUUUCAAAGUUGUUUUACAGUUCGACAUUUGUGUUUGUGUUAUCUAACAGAGACAGUUUAUUUCACUUAUUCUGGUACGACACAUCAGUAUUAAAAUCAUUUAGGUCCGUAACUUUAAUCUCGGGCAUUCGUGUAUUAAAUGUUCUCGAGAAUCGGCACUAUUUCAUUCGCACUCACGCAGUAUCAUGGAAGAGAUCGCACCAAAAGGGGAAUUGGUUUGGAUGCACAGGGUAAUUUUGAAACAGUCCCUUAAAUUAUUGCUGUUCGAGAUUCAGAUUGUUGGAGAAGAUUUCAAACAAACACACAUUUUUAUGUUUGAUCAGUCACUGUAAAGCCACUUUAAUCUACCCUGUAAAUUCUCAGAUAGCACUCUACAUGACUCAUACAUACAUACAUACCUCCUCAUGUAUACUCCACAACUCCUGUGACACUUCGGUUUUAAAUUUCUGGUCAAGCUGCAAAAUUGAAUAUCUUCAGUGUUAGAUGGGUUUUUUUAUGGGUUCUGUUAAUCUAUCUAUAUUUAGACUUGUGGCAUUAAUGCUCGGAUCACAGUGAAAUGGAUGCAUAACAGUUAAAAAAUGUAACCCAUUCACAGUGAUGCCAUCUCAGUACUGAGACGUUCAUAACAUUUGUGACAUUAUUUACAUUAUUUCACAUCAUUUGCUGUCAGAAAUUGUGUUAUCACAGCUUUGCAGCUUUACCAGAAAUUCUUUUUUGUUUUAUUAUAUUUAUAAGACUGUGAUGCAUUUGUUUUACUUUUAUACUAUAAAGCGUGUGUGUGCAUGCGCGUCUGUGCGUUUUCAAUCGUCAGAAUUGAGCCGAACACAUGAAGGAAGAAAACUCUCAGGGCUCUCUAGGAAUAGUGUCAUGUGACAUAAAGCUCCUGGAAA